GGCUCGCAGCAGAUCUUCGCGAUGACCGCCGCCUCCACCGCGCUCAACAUCGCGGAGGUGCUAGGAUCCUCGUUGGGCGCGUCGCUCUACCACUACCACGGGCAGCGCACCGUCUUCUGGUUCCUCGGCGGGGCCUCGGUGCUAAACCAGGUGCUGCUCGUGGGCGUGUGCCUCAUGCUCAAGGAGAGCGACGAGCCAGAGGAGAUCAAGCCGUCCGCCUCCGCCGUGCGCCGGGAUCAGGUGCAGGGCGGCUGGUCCAGGCUCAGGGCGGUGCUGAGGAGCAAGCGGUUGGGGUGUGCUGUGGUGCUCAUCGUCAUGGCUGCCGUGAUAAAAGGCUCCGUGGAGGAGAUCCUGCCCUUCCACGCCGACCACCGCUGGGGCUUCGGCCCGAUGAUGAUCGGGAAGCUGUUCUUCAUCACGGCGGUCACCUACAUCCUUGCCGCAGUCGUCGUCGGCAGGAUUUGGGAUAGCCUCCACAGAUACCGCGUCCUCUUCGCCGCCUUCUGGCUUGCGGUGCUGGGCAUGACCUCGUACUCGCUGUUCCUCAUUGCGUCGUACCACAAGACGAUCAACGCCCUGUACUUGGGGCUCGCGCUGUACGGCGUCUGCCUAGGCCUCACGCACACGCCCGCGGCACUGCUCCUCGCGGACGCCGUCGAGCACGAGGAGGGCAAGGCCAAGGACGCCGUGAACGGGAUUUGGAACACAAUGUGGGAGGCGGGCGGCUCCGUCGGCUUCCUUUUGGGCGGCCUCCUCGCCGAGGACUACCCGAGCCAGAUUGCCCUGAUGGCGGCGUACACCAUCUGUUGCCUCGUCUGUGCAGGGCUCAUGGUGGCGAUCUCCAGCUGGCCCGAGGAGAAGGACGGCUUCCGAAAGGCGCUCGCAAAGGGUCCCGUGUAG